AUGGAUGUUCCUUUGCUCUCUUCGUUCCCGAAUGCAAUUUGUUCCUAUCUCCUACGCACGACGUCCGAUCACUCUCCCAUGGUUAUUGAAUUUAAGAUGGAUCCUUUCUCUUAUGGUCCCUCGCCUUUUCGCUUUCAACAAAUGUGGGUGGACCAUCCACAGUUUUUAAUGUGUGUUCGCCAGGCGUGGUCUGCAACUGUUGUUGGUCAUGGUCUCACUAAAUUGGCAGUUAAGCUGAAGAAUACUAAGGUGGCUUUGCAGGAAUGGAAUAAACAUAUUUUCGGCCGUACCACGAUGCAUAUUACUUCUCUUGAGAGUCACAUUGAAGAGCUGGAAAGUAAACUACAUCAAAGCUGGGAUGAAACAAUGGAGAGGGAUCUUCUUGUCUCGUCUUCGGAACUAGAUAUUUGGCUUCGUCGUGAAGAUACAAGAUUGGCUCAGAUUUCUAAAUUAAAAUGGCACAUGGAAGGUGAUUGGAAUACGAAUUUUUUCCAUGCUUGCCUUGCCAAUAAACGGCGUAAAAGAGUGGUGGAUAUGAGGUGUUCGAAUGGGAUGGUUUUCAAUUCGCUGGAGAGUCUUCAUCAAGGGGCUGUGGAUUUCUUUUCUAAUUUUCUGCAAGGCGUGCCGACUAGACUGUUACCUGACUUGUCGACUCUUAUUUCACCAGUUAUUUCAGACUCGGACAGUUCUAUCCUAUGCUCAGUUCCUACUAUGAAUGAAGUUUUCUCAGCUCUUUCUUCUAUCCCGUCUAAUAGUGCUCCAGGACCUAAUGGAUUUGGGUCGGGUUUUUUCAAAAGCUAUUUGGAGGUAGUGAAAGAGGAUGUCUUGGAAGCCAUAUCUCAAUUUUUUAUUUCUAAGCAGCUCCCAAGAUUUUUUACAACCUCUUUUCUUGUCUCAAUCCCAAAGUUUGAUAAUCCUUAUGGGUUUGAUAAGUUCAGGCCUAUUAGCCUAUGCUCGGUGUUUUAUAAAAUAUGUUCCAAGAUCAUUGUGACAGGUCUCCUCCCACAAAUGAUAUUGUGUGAACAAGGCGCUUUCAUCUCGGGAAGAAAUAUCUUUGAGAAUAUUAGCAUUACAAAGGAAAUGGUACAGUCAAUUAAUAAGAAGGCCCAUGAUGGUAAUAUCAUGAUCAAGUUGGAUAUGGCUAAGGCUUAUGAUUGA